AUGAAAUUCACUCUCGCCAUCGCCGUCCUUUCUAGUUGUCUACUUUUGACUUCGGCAAGUGCCCUACGUGAGAAACGACAAUGCAACUGCGCUCAACCGCAACAAGCUCAAUGUGCUUGUACUCCCGUUGUUCCCCAACAACAAAUGGCCUGCUCAUGCCAACAACAACAAACCCCAAGCGCUUGCGGAUGUGCUGCCACAACACCUGCUCCAAUUGUUUACCAGAUUCAAACAACUCAAUGCGAACCAGCUUGUCAACAAUCCUGUAGCCAACAGUGCCAAGCUACCCAUAUCCCCAACUGCGAACCAAUUUGCAUUUCGACCUGUAAAGUUUCCUGCGCCCCAGCUGUUACAACUACCCAUGCUCCAAUUUACGUUACUCUUCCACCAGUCACAGUUAGCCACGCUUGUGAACCUCAAUGUGUUCAACAAUGCCAAACUUCUUGUGUCCAACAAUCCAUUUCCAUCUCUGUCUGCCUUCCUCAAUGUGAACAACAGUGUCAAGCUUCUUGCCAAUCAACUCCUCAAUGCCAACCUUGUCAGCAACAAUGCCAACAAGUCUGCGUACAACAGAACCCCUCUAACCAAUGUCAAAACCAUUGCCAACAGCAAUGCGCUCCAGUCUGUGCUCCUGUAAUCACUACCACUUUGGCUCCAGUCACUGCCCGCCAAUGUACUCCAGCUUGUCAGCCAGCUUGCGAACCUGUCUGCGUUAUGGUCCAACAAAACCCUUGCACUCAGCAAUGCCAACAAGCUUGUGCCCCAGCUCAACCAGUUCAGCAAUGCCAACAAUGCCAAGCUUCAUGUGCUCCAGUUCAGACCACCACCGCUGCUCCAUCUGUCCAAAUUAAGGUUCAGCUCUUGACCAGCAUUGUUCAAUCUCCUCAAUGCCAGCCUUUAUGCCAACAAGCAUGCCAACAGCAAUGCGUCCAACAGCAUCAAACUCCAACUCAAUGUGUUCCAGCCUGUGAACAAACUUGCAGCACAUCUUGCGUUCAGCAGCAACCUCAAGUUGUCCCAUGUUUGCCACAAUCUACCCAAUCGACUUGUCAAUGUCAAGCUAACUACUCUCCCUGUGGAAACCACAACGGACAGUGUUGCCGAAAGUAA